AUCGGAAAUAUGGCAAUGCCGCAAAUGUUAAAAAUUAAUAAGCAAACAUAACAUAAUAUAUCUUUCACUUGAGUAAAUAUCAGACAAUUUUAGCUCACAAUGUUCGGUUUCUCCCAUUAAAGCGCCGGGAAUAAGCUAAGAAAACACGACUGGUAAAACGUCUAGAUACUCUACAUUAAACAUUUGGCGUAACAUACAAAGGUACUAGUGUCAUAGUGGUGUCCAUAGUUUCUACUUCGAAAAAUAAAUUUUAAUUAAUCAAAUGCGCUAUUUAAAGUUAAAUAAUGUUUUGGAAAAAAAUCGGGAAUUCCGUUUCAGAUAGGUAUUUUCGCGAUUCCGCAAUCGCGGAAAAUCAGUGCCUCUACUUUAUAUUUACUCGCCCAUUGACUAGUGAAUGGAAAAAUCCACUAGCCAAAUCACUGUUGUUACUUGUCAGGUAACAUUUCAGACUGUCUUUGGUGUAGAAUCAAGAAGUAGGCCAGAACUUAAUUGCAGACCCGACAGUGUUCUGCAACACUUGUCACAACAUAAUGACUGGAAGUCUGCUUUCAUUGAUCUGAUGAAAAACUGUGCUGCAGUCAUCAGGGCUGAGGGAACACUAGCAGCAGCAAUAACGGAGAUGGGUCUUUUGUCAUUUCUUAUGACUCUGGAGUCUUCUUUAUUGGGCAUGUCAAGUCCAGCUUUAACAGAUGGGAUUUUGUUUUUCAGUCUCUUCCAGAUUCAUGGACAUUUGUAUGUCCGUUACUUUGAAUCUGGAAGGUUGUCUGGAUUUUUCAGAUCCAAAGGCCUUAAUAUAAUACGGAAGUCGGUUGGUGGCAGUUACCACACACAUAACAUUUUCCAUCUUCAAGUCUUCAAUGCCACUGACAUUGAACAACACCAAAAGAAGAUCAAGGAAAGACUUGAGGAAAAAAGAAAAGCACAAAACAUUGCGUUUUGGUAUUGGUUUACAGUUAAACCUCAGAAAGAAUUUGGCCAGAGAUUUCACAGCAUUAUGGUGGAAAACAAGACUGGUGUUUUGAAGUCUCAUAUGAACUUAAUGGCCUUGGUCCAACAGCAAGAAUCCACUAUGACAGAGACGAACAGCCAGCUUAUUGGAACUGUACUCCACGUCAUUAGGAAGGAUUCCCACAAAUGCAAACUACCAAGCUCUGGAAGGUUUAUGAUUGCAUCUGGAAUUUUUGAUGAUAAAGUUUCUGAAUGGGAAGGAAGCUUGCAACUGUUCAGGAAUGAAGGCACCUCAGUAAAAGAACCAACACUUCAAAGUCUGCUGGAUCUAACAAGUGAUAGUUUAACAUGGGAUAAGCAGUGCACAGUCCUUUCAGCUCUACCAAAUUUUCAUCACUGGAUUGAAACUCAUGUGGGUUACAGUCGCAUGCUUUCACUGGGUGUACAAAAAUACAAGCCAGCAUCUGCAAGAAAUCUUAUUCUCUAUUACUACCGAGAAGUGAAAUCAGAAGCCAUGCUUGCAGUCAUGAGGAAAUUGUACUUUCCAGAUACACCUGUAGAGGUAACAUCAACUGCAUGCCAGGAUUCUGGUACUUCAGAUAUUGGCCACACUCCAGCAAAGAGAAGGAGGCUCAACACAACCAAUGCCAGAAGAUCACUGACAGCUGAUGAUAUUUUGAGAAACCUGAGUGUCAUUGACCCAAAGUAUAACACAACAAACCGGAUAUCCAACAUAUGAGC